AAACAAUUAAAAGAAUUUAGCUUCAGGGGUGUAGAUAGUUGGGUAGAAGAAAUAAUCAAAGCUUUGCAAUCUCAAGCUAAUUCAUUAGUAUCUAUCAAACUCGAGUGUGUUAACCUCUCAGAAUCGUUAUUGAAUUCACUCUCUAAAUACAAAAAUUUGGAAAAUCUGAUGAUUUUGAAUUAUUCAGGACUUAAUAUAAGAUUACGCAAUGUCGAACUUAAAAAUUUGAAAAAGUUAUAUAUUAAAAGACUUUUGAUGAAUAUUAAAAUGCCAAACUUGAAAGAAUUAACCUUAGAA